AUGUAUCACGACUGUCACGACGACUAUGAUUAUCACAGUGCGGAAGAAGAACUGUUUUGUCCGAGAAGUGCCGAAGCCUCACGAACAGAUAACGAUGGAUUACGAAGAGGUCGCGAUGAUUCAGUAGAAUCUAUAGUUCUCCAAGACCACUAUGAUAAUCUGCCAAGGCCAGGAAGUCCAACACGUGAUCAGCGUGAUGAUUAUAUUCAGCAACUGCACGAGGCUUUAGACAAACAAGAGCAAGAGAUUAAAGACCUUGACUACAAACUACAAGACUUACGGGGAGAGGUUCGGGAAUACUUCUCAGGCUUGGAACAGAAGCUAUCCUGCUUCGAGGAAAAAGUUGACUUUGUUAUAACCUUGGUUUCCUCGUGGGUCAAUCAUCCGCCCAACAAUCGGGGAUGUCGAGGAUCUUGUUCAAACCACGUACGAACGGAUAACUGCUUGUGCCGUGGUUUGAAGGAACCUCAUCGAUGCUGUGGGCAUAUUGGAGGAGUUUGUGCUUGCUAA